UGUGGUUAUGUAAGCAUAACCUAAAUUUUUUCUACGUCAACUGUGUGUCAACCUAAAAAUUCUCAAAUACACACCACUUUCAAAACUCAAAAAGUGGUGGAAAAUAAGUACAACGCCAUGAGUGCCCCUUGUGUAUUUGGUUUAUUCAAUAUAAAGGCAACAAUAAAAUACUAUUCUCUGCUAAACAUUCCUUGCAGAACCUACGCGAAAAAAGACACAUCAAGCGUAAGUAUGAUCGGAGGCGCAUUCAAAAAGAAAAAAAUGGGCGGCAAAUUGGGUGCAGUGAUGGAGAAGAAAAUUCUACCAGUAGAAUCAGAUCCUGAAAGGCUAGUGAACUAUGUUUGUGGUUCAAACAUAUUUAAAACUGGAGAAGAUGUGCAAUUGAAGCCACCCAGUGAAUAUCCAGAGUGGUUAUGGGGUAUACGUUUAGGUUCUCCACCUCCUCUAGAAGAACUGGAUCCAAACUCAAAGGAAUAUUGGAGGCGGAUAAGAAAAAUGGCAAUGAGGAGGAAUAACCAAUUAGCAAAAUUAAAAAAGUUUUGAAUAUUUUGUUUGUAUCUGUACAUAGGCUGUAAGUGAAUAAAGUGUUUCCAAACUUGAUUUUCAUAUGACAUCUAGUCUCUUGGCAUAAAAACUGAUUUCUACAUUUGCUGACCUCAGUUUUGAUAUUACUCGUAAAUAAAAAAAAAUAAGAGAACACCUAACAAAAUAACUCUUUAUUU